CGUCGCAGCAGUUGUGACUGCUGAGCAACAGUUUUCAUCUGUCUUUUGUCACUUAAUCAGGGGGUUUUAGUCGACGGUUGACGAAUCGAUCCAUUUAGUCUGUGAUAGCGCAGAGAAUACCUAUUCAGUGCAUUUUUGUUGUCGCUUUAAGCUUUCUCGAUAACUGAUACCGGCUGCUACCUUCAUCGCUGCGUGUUAGUACACUGUAUUCUGGUCCUCAGUUGGACAUUUAAACAUCGACCUCAAUGGCGACCCCGCCUCCGGAGGCUACUCCUGUGCUCAAGGAGGAGAAGCCUCAGCUGCCACCGUCGCCAAAUGGCAUCUCUUCAGUCGAUGUUGGUCGCAAAGACGUGCAGGGUCUUGUAACUGAUUCUAACCCAGACGCGGCCGCUAAUGAGAAAAAGGCCGAUUCGACCAAACCUGCUUCAGUGAAUGGCCAUGAGACUACUACCACAAACGGAGUCAAUACAACAUCCCCUCCGAAGUCACCGACUGCCCUACCCGAGGAACGCAAAAUACCGACCACAGAAUCUUCAGCGACAGACGAGAUAAAGAAGGAAACAAUUGGGAAUAGUCCUACCAACUCUAGUGGAAAACCGUCUGCCGAUAAGACUAGUGCUGAUAAUGGUACCCCUCAAAAAUCCCAGUCAACGCCCGAUAGCUUAAAGCCAGCGAAAGAGAUGGACGGCAGUAUCCAGGCUCAGGGCUCUGCUGCGAAGACCGAUCUUCCCCAUCAUCCUCCCGCUAGUUCAAAGCCUGAAGGUUCUUCGAACAAUAAUUUAACUACUAAGGCUCCCUCGCUGCCGCCUUUGCAGGGUGUUGAUCAGGAAAUGCGAGAUGCGCCUGAUGUGCCGAUGUCUCCCACAAAGUUAUCUAGGGAACGCGAACCAGACCCAAGAGAUGAACCUGCCGCGAAGCGUACCAAGAUUGGAGGGGAAGGUUCUGGGCCGUCUGGAUUUAAAGCACCCGGGACUCCCGGCCCCGUGGCUGAGCGACGUGCGGAUGCGGCAACGAAUGGUGAUGCGACUAUGACCAGGGUUCAGCACAAGUUCCUUCUUAAAGGGAUACAAAGCCUGAAGCGUAUGCACGACUCACGAUUUUAUCGGGAGCCAGUUGAUCCAGUGAAGAUGAAUAUCCCUCAUUAUCCGCAGAUUAUCAGACAGCCCAUGGAUCUUGGAACCAUUGAGAGACGCCUGAAAAACAACGAGUACAAGUCAGUCAAGGCUGUUACUGAUGAUUUUAACCUCAUGGUUCAAAACUCGUUGACGUUCAAUGGCCCGGAUCAUAUUGUUGCGCAGGAGGGGCAGAAGCUCAAGUCUACUUUUGAAAAGCAGAUGAUUAACUGCCCUAGACCUGAUGAUAUCGAAGAGAAGAAACCGAAGAAGUCUUCUCCUAAGACCUCAGCGGCACGACGGGAACCACGAACAAGCAUAGGCCAGGCUCCUCCACGCCCAACUGGUGGUUCCCCUCAGGCUACAACAUUCGCUUUGGGACCAGAAGGUCUUCCUGUUAUUCGUCGUGAUUCUACCAAUGCUGAUGGACGGCCCAAGCGGUCCAUCCAUCCUCCGAAGCGCGACCUGCCCUACUCGACGAAACCGAAAAAGAAGAAAUAUCAGUGGGAAUUGAAGUUUUGCCAGGAGGUUCUUGAUGAGCUGCACAAACCAAAACAUUUUAACUAUGCGGUCCCUUUCUAUCAGCCCGUUGAUCCAGUGGCCUUGAAUAUCCCUACCUACCACAGCAUUAUCAAAAAACCGAUGGAUCUCUCAACUAUGCAGACAAAACUUAAAACUGGUCAAUACGAGAAUGCCAAAGAGUUCGAACUGGACAUGCGCCUGAUUUUCAAGAAUUGUUUCAAGUUCAAUAUCCCAGGAGAUCCUACAUAUCUUGCUGGACAAAAGUUUGAAGAGAUAUUCAAUUCUAAGUGGUCUCAGAAGACACGCUACUUGGAGGCCCAUGAACCGCAUCCCGAGCACCACAGCGGAAAGUCCGAGUCUGAAUCUGACGAAAGCGACGAAGAUGCGGACGAAAGCGAUAACGACGAAGAACUUCAACGGCUACAGCAAAAGAUUGCUGAAAUGACACGUCAGGUGGAAGUUCUUGCUCAGAAGAAGAAAAAGAAGACACCACCCGGAUCGAAGAAAGCCGGGAAGCUCAAGUCUAGCACGAAGGAUAUCAAGAAACCUGGAAGCAUGAGCCUGGCCAAGAAGGACAAGAAGAGCAGCAUAAAGCCAUCAAAGCCCGAGAAGCAGCGCUGGGUCACAUAUCAGGAGAAGCAAAUCAUAUCCAAUGGGAUCAGUAGCCUUCCCGAUAAGAAGAUGCAGGAAGCGCUUAAGAUCAUCCAAAGUAAUGUUCCAUCUCUCAAGGGCACCCAAGAAACAGAGAUUGAACUCGAUAUCGAUGAGCUGCCCAACGAUGUGUUACUUAUGCUGCUCAGAUUCGUCAAGAAGAAUGCGCCCCAAGUUAUGGAAGAUGAAGAAGUGGCGACGCCCACUGCUAUGAAUACUGCUGCUGCCCCUAAGCCAAAGAAGAACAAGCCCAUGAGCAAAUUCGAACAGGAAGCUCAGAUCAACAUGCUCGAAAGCAAUCUGUCUCGCUUCCAGGGCGGUGGCCGUUCACCAGAUCCAGUUCCCUCUGUCGAAGCUAACGAAAGCAGCGACGAUUCGGAAGAUGACUCGGAAGAGAGCGAGGAGGAGUAAACCUUCGCUGGAUGAAUUCUAGCUGAAUAUUUACUUUUCAGAAAUCUUCCACUUUGUCUUGUUGAUCUACUUUGCUAGUACUCCUGGGCAUUCCUAUCCUUCAUUUUUACGCUAUCCAUCAUUC